AUGUCGGUGUCUCAAAGCUCCAGGAAUCGGGUGUACCGCCUUGGUAUUUGGAAGAUGAAAGUGUGGGUCCUGAGGGAAAUGAUGGACCCUGUGGAUCCGAAUACUACACAUCUGGCUCCUCUCUUGACUCAGCCUCUUGUGCUGUUGAAGAUCUUCAAGAAACAAAAGCAUAUUGGAGAGCCUUGUAAUCUUCCCCAGAAGGAAUUAGAAAAUACCUCUACCUCAGAUUACUCCUCCUCUCUCUCUGACUACGAGAAUAGCGAAACCACUGAGUUACCUGAAGAUGUUCCACGUGUUGGGGCCCUUGAGAUGACUCCACCCCAGGUCUGGGAGGAGCGGGAAGCUUCCUCCUCCUUUACCUCCUCCUCCUCUCCCUCCUCCUCCUCCUCUACCUCCUCAGCAGUCCCUAGAUGUGACUGGUGGGGUGGUUUGGAAGUGUUGGAGCCCGCCUCUAAAAAGACCAAACUGGUGCAGUGUGUUUUUUCUCACGCGGCCCAAAAAACAUCUGGGGCCUUUUUAACACCAAAAUGCCAGAAUGCUUUUCUGAGAAGACCCUCUUAUGUGUCUCCACCGAAACGCCUCAGUGACAUGGAGUGCAUCUCAGAUAACAAUGCCCUGCAGGGGAGGGAGAAAGCUGGCAGUGCAGGGGAGCCUCCAGCCCCAGAGGAGGACUCCAGGGCCAAGACACCCAAGGGACUGGGGACCCUGGACAGUGGCUUCAGGUGCCUGGGCUGCUACCAGGUUUUCCGCAGCUUGGAGGUCCUGCAGGAGCACGUGGAAAAUGCGGCCCGUGAGCGCUUCACCUGCCACGUUUUCAACCGUGCCUUUGCACAGAUGCUUAGCAAGCACAAGAAGAGAGCCCGAGAACUGGGAGGAGAAAAUCAAGAUGAGAACAUUUACCUGCCAGACCGAAAACGUUCUCGCAGUAAAACAUCCUCCUGCAUGUAA